AUGUGGGAAUUCUUCUUCUGCCUGAUCCCUUCCAUGAUCCUGUUCUUGAUCGUUAUGCUUUUUCGAUUAAAGUGGAUUUGCCGUCUUGUAGAGGAAGGAACGAGGCAGCUAACUUGGUAUAUAUGGAUCAUAAUCUGCUCGAUAUUGAAGCUUCCACACCCCAGUGUUUUAUACCCCACUGGGAACCAGGAGCCAAAAAUCAAGCUGAUCUACAAACCGACAGCUCUGACAAACUACAUCAUACAGAACUGUAAAGCGUUAGCACGUGCUCCACAGGCUAGAUGGCCAAAAGCGGACCCUCAUUUACAAAUUCUCUUCAAUUUCAUAUGGCCCAUUGCAGAAGAUGUACAAGAACACUGUGGAAUAACCUUCACCAGAGAACAUUUACUAGUACAAGAUGGUGGUAUCGUAGCCCUGGAUUGGGCGGUCAGGCUGAAAGACCAGAACGUUCAGGCAAAGAGGGAACAUUAUCCAGGAGAAAGAGCUCCAGGCUGCCAUACCAGCACUCCACCCAUCAUCAUCCUGAUUCCUAAUGCUUUGGGUAAGAUCACACAAAAUUUGCUGAGCUUGUGUCGCUUGGCUCUGCAGCAAGGUUUCUACCCUGUGGUCUUCCAUCGUCGUGGUCAUGGGGGAUGCCCGCUUGCUACGCCACACUACCAGGAGUUUGGCGAUCCCUCUGAUAUGGUGCAGGCAGUACUAUACAUUCAGAGCCGCCAUCCGUCUUCAGUUCUGUUUGCUGUCAGUGAAGGUUCUGGGUCUGGUCUGCUGCUAUCUUACCUUGGGGAGCGUGGCUCAUCUUCCUACCUAGUAGCAGCUGCUUGUAUAUCACCCGUGUUCCACGGACAACUGUUCUUUGAGACGCCUUUCCCAGAACUAUACCGUGAGGCAGCACUGCUUUACCGCAAGUUGCAACUCCAAAGGUAUGCGACUGCUCUAAGUUCAGUUAUGGAUACUGAGAAACUCUUCAGCUGUCGUUCUCUUGAAGACAUGGAGAAGUUGAUGUUCUGUUCAGUCAGAUUGCUGGACACCAGUCAAAAGGACACACUGGAGCAGCAGACUAACUGGACCAGUUACUGGGACCGUAACGAACCCUUGCGAGAUGCAGAUGAAAUCGCUGUUCCUGUGCUUUGCUUGUGCAGCACCGAUGACCCUUUACUACCUCCAGCCUCCACCUUACCCAUGUCCAUCUUCCAGAACAGCCCAUAUUUCUUUCUGGCUCUGACAUCCCAGGGAAGCCAUUGUGGCUUCUUGCAGGAGGGCCCUCAGCCUGCUGCUUCCUGGAGCCAUGACGCAGUGCUGGAAUAUUUCCGGGUUGUCACAGAGUUCUUCAAAGUUGAGGAAAGAAAGAACUUUAUGGAAGGGUUUGUUGGAUGGGAUGUUAUCCAAGGGCAAAAAACAUCAGGUGCUAUGGCACACAAGAGGAGGAGACCAACCAUGCUGCGGAGAGACAAACCUGUCUUGGGUUCCCGGAAACAACUCUCAUCUCCGUCUAGGCUGGCCACUUUUGAAGAGCAAGAGAUGUUCACUUGGAAUAGAUCAUAUACUCGAUGA